AAUUUUACUUCCGGGUUAUGUCAGCGCUAUAAUGACAUUGUGCCCGACAGUAAAGAAGUCAGACCGCCGAGUGGCUUACAGAUUGUUAUUUUAUAAGCUUUAAAAGUUUAAAUUAGCACUGACAUUGCUGUCAACAUGACGUCCACCACUACAGGUUUUACAGAGGAGCGGCAGCAGAGAGGAGCACAGGCUCCAGUGGGCAUGGAGUACAUCCCCACAGAAGAGGAGAGGAGGGUGUUUAGAGAGUGCAACCAGGAGAGUUUUUGGUACAGGUCUGUGCCCUUCUCAGUGGUCGGUGUGGCUAUCACUCAAGCCCUAGUUGCCAAAGGGAUUCUGUCUGCAUCUCCAAGAUUUGGUUCUCUACCCAAAGUGGCCUUUGCUGGCUUUUGUGGCUACCUGGCAGGGAAAAUGUCGUACAUGAAAACGUGCCAGGAGAAGUUCAAGAGGUUGGAGAACUCCCCUCUGGGAGAGGCCCUCAGACAGAGGACAGGACUGCCUCCACAAUCUUCCAAGGUUCCUCAGUCUGAGCUGAGUGACCCAGACUCCCCGACAUUUGACACCAUGUUCCAGACAGCAGAAGCCCCUGGCCAGACACCCACCAACAACAGAGAACAAGGAUUUGGCUACAAUUCAGAGUCACCCGUGCCAAUGGGCAAAGCAGAUGACUUCAGCGCUCCAGUGGAAGAUGAAGAGCCCAGGAGGAAGGCCAUCCUCUAUGAGGACCUGAGGCUCAAGAACAGAGAGAACUACGAAGUCACACUCACUCAGAAGGCCGAGACACUGCUCAAAACAUCACCUGAGAAGGAGCCAGGCAGACCCAAGAAAGACGUGAAGAAGAACAUCUAUGGAGAUGCCUGGGAGGAGUGAGUCCUUAAAAUUAAGAUUUAGUCCGUACGCUGGCAUCCCUGAUGCUGUGGCAAUUUUGUUCAAGUGUGACUCAGGUGUCAUUGAGUUGUACGGUUUCUGAUAUACAUGUCUUCGAAAAAAAGUCAAUUAAACCAAAGUACCUGAGGAAUAAAACUCUCUCUCUAUGAUUUGACAUUA